UUACAAAUAGUUGGAUCGAGCUGGAAGUGGGGUCAGGGUGAUAGAUCGUUGCAAGGGUUGUCGGUGCCGGUGGGGGUAUAAGACGAAUAACAAUAGUAAGAUAAUAAGAAGAAGAAGAAGUAAAAGAAGAAUAAGGGAAUUGGAGGAUAUGUCUCCGUCGAAUGGUAAUGGUAAUGGCAGUGGAGGAGGAAAAGGAGCGAACUAUAUAGAGCACCAAGUGUCCAAGUUGGACACCCUCGCCGGUGUAGCCAUCAAGUACGGUGUUGAGGUAGCUGACAUUAAAAGGAUUAAUGGCCUGGCCACAGAUCUUCAAAUGUUUGCUUUGAAGACAUUGCAAAUACCAUUACCAGGAAGACAUCCACCAUCUCCCCUUGUGUCAAAUGGGUCUGCUUCUCCAGGAGAAAACAGCUCCAGAAAAGCACCCCCGUGCCUGGGACAAUCUAAUAUGCUGGGAUCAUUACAGUCCUUAAGAGUGAAAGCACCUCAAAAGAAGGUGUCUCCAGCCAUGAGCACUUUACAGAAUUACUAUAAUCUGAAAUCUCCAAAUUUCAAGGGUGCAGCUCAAGGCACAGAGAUGGCAGUCUACAAAACGGAAAGGUCAGAAUUCUUUGAUGAUGGGCUGCUGCCCAAAGCCUCACCAAUUUCUGAUACACCUUCAAAUUGCUGUCAGAACUCUAGAAACUCAGAUAAUGGUUACUUGCCUGAGAAUGGUGUGGUGAUUGAGCAUGUGCCUCGUGCUGACCCUGGAGAUGGGGACGGUGAGAAAUCUGAUGAAAAGUAUGUCCGAAGGCGUUCAAAACCUGAGGUUGAUACCAGAGCUGGAACACCAGAAAGGUUGUUGAAAGGAGAAAACAGUGGUGGGAGCUGCGGCUUCUCAGCUUCUACAGGUAAAGGUUUAGCAAUGAGGCCCAAAUCAGCAAGCCGAACAACAUUAGUUGAUUCAGAGUCAGGAUGGUUGAGUUCUAUUCCAGUGCUGCUGGGAGAUUCCAUUAUAGCUGAUGGGCUAGCUGCAGUUAGUAAAUCAUCAAGCACAUCAAGCCUGAAUGACCAGGAAACUAACACCUCAACCUCUGCUUGGCCAACUGCUAAGUGGAGCUUAAAAACAGACUUGCAAGCUCUAAGUGGCCGCAGGAAUAAGGCUGCCCUUGAUUAGCAAGCAUCAAGCAUUUGCAGUACGCGCAUUUGUGGAACCGGUUUGUUUCUUUACUUCAAUUUAAUGCACUGAAAUUUCUGAGUCAGAAAUACAGAUACAUCAUAUAGCUGCUUGGAAAGGAAGAAAACGUUCAAGAAAGGAAAAGGAAGGCAGAUAAAUAUAUAAUACGGUACUUAGAAAUCUAUUCAUUUAUUGUUGAUUAGCCAUUGGUCUUUGAGAAUGACAUUGAUAGUCUGAAGGAAUAAAUAGCAGUAUUAGGGAAGUGUUAGUCAAAUUAAUUCACUUCAUUUCUAAAAGUGCAACUCAACACAAUUGUAUCAUUGCAUGCAUGUUGGCUAUCUCAUUGAAGAUUGUAUAUUGAUAUAAAUAAUACUUGGAAGACGCUACUUUUCUCAUGAUAUAUUUCAAUGUAUAUCUAUUACCUAUGCAAUUUUUUAAA